UUUGCUUGUGCAGUUUUCGCGUUUCAGCAACUCAUCAUUACACACAAUUCAAGAGAUGAGGGUCAUGAACAGAAGUCACAAAGUGUCUAGGUAGCCCAAGGUACGCAUUUAAUUACACAUAUCCCGAUACUGUUGUUACGGCAAAGACCCGCACCAUAGAAAGCUUAUUCCCACCUCAACGUGCCCGCCAAGAUCUUUGACUCUAUUCCGACCGUUGGAGCGGUCGCUUCCGUCCCCCCAAGGCUCGCCAGACCCCCGUGUGCAACGUCGUCGCUCAAAACACCAAACGGGGCAUCUCGGCAAUGCUCCCUCCGAGCACUGGCGCUGAACCUGGAAGUUGCGGGCCGGCGGACAAUCCAUCCAUGUUCAUGAUAGCGGAAUGCAGUGAUAUAGCAUCAUGAUCUUCGUCUUUCAUUUCCUCUUUUCUUUUUCUUUUCUUCUUCACCUCAGGUCAUCGCCAAGAUGAAGACUGUCGCGGUUCUCUCUCUGCUGGCCUCGUUGGCCUCGGCGGCUUCGCUGACGCUGGUCACGGAGAACUUUGGUCCUAACCCCCGCAACAACCCCUUCUACAUCUACGUCCCCGACGUCCUUCCCCCCAACCCAGCCAUCCUCGUCAACCCCCACUGGUGCCACGGCACCGCUCCCGCCGCCUUCUCCGGCUCCCAGUACGCCACCCUGGCCUCCCAGCAUGGCUUCAUCGUCAUCUACCCCCAGUCCUCCCCCGCCCAAGCAAACUCGGACAAGUGCUGGGAUGUCUCCUCCAAGGAAACCCUCACCCACAACGGCGGCGGCGACUCCCUCGGUGUCGUCUCCAUGGUCAAGUGGACAAUCAACAAGUACAACGCCGACCCCAAGCGCGUCUUCGUCACCGGUGUCUCCUCCGGCGGCAUGAUGACCCAGGUGUUGCUUGGAUCUUACCCCGAUGUGUUCGCUGCCGGUGCCGCCUUUGCUGGCGUUCCCUUUGGCUGCUUCGCUCCUGCUGGGAACAACACCGGCGCCUUUGGCUACUGGAGCGAUGAUUGCGCUAAGGGGAGGGUGACCAAGACUCCGGCUCAGUGGGCCGACUUGGUCAAGAGCGCCUACCCGGGGUAUGAUGGGUGGAGGCCAAAGUUGCAGUUGUUCCACGGGACGAAUGAUGAGAUUUUGGAUUAUGUCAACCACCAGGAGGGGAUUAAGCAGUGGGCUGAGGUGCUUGGGGUUGGGAUCACACCUGUUAGUGUUACUCCUAAUACUCCUAUCAGCGGGUGGACGAAGAGUGUGUAUGGUGCGGAGGGUUGGUUGGAGGGGUAUAGCGCUGCCGGGGUGCCGCAUGAUAUUCGGGUGCAGAAGGCGACGGUGAUGGCUUUCUUCGAGCUGGCUUGCAAGGGGGAGGAUUGCUUCCGGUGGGGGGAUGGCGAGUGGUGUGAUGCUGAGCCUAGUGCUACGACGAGCUCGGUUGUGGUUUCGACGACGGGGGCGCCGGUUACGACGACGAGCACGAGCUCAACCAGUGUGAGAGUGACGACUCCUAGCGCUACUAGCACCAGCUCGAGGGUGACUACCACGUUUGUGACUUCUACUUCUACCGCUGCGCCAGUUGUCGGCCAGCCUUUGUGGGCACAGUGCGGUGGCAUGGGAUUCAACGGUCCAACAGCAUGUGCCGUAGGAACCUGCACCGUCUACAAUCCCUAUUACGCUCAGUGCGUCCCAAGGACAGGGGUUCCCAUCUGGUAACCAUCUCGAUGGUCACCAUAUCACCAAGUCAUCGGACAAGGUUUACGUCAAAUGAGUGUGUAAAUAUUGUCAAAGCUACAUAAAGAUCCCCCCAAAUAAAAGUUUCAAUCCACCCCCAACAAU